UAGAAUACCUUAUGGUACUAUGCGACAGACUCAAAACUGAAAACUUUUCUAUGCCAACAAACACAAAAAUGGCCUAUUUCUGAGAACAAAGGAGUUGAUUUCAGUCACAAUGUCAGUAUACUCGGGUCACUCUGCAGGGUUUCAGUUAAAGAUGGAAGCAGUUACCAACUUCUCACCACUUUGUAAAACCACUUGCAAAAUAAUCGUGGCUAAAAGGCUCCAUCCAUGCCACCCAAGCUUCCUCAUCUUCCUCUACACUCUUUCAUGCCAUAACGUGUUGGAGAUGUAAUCCAGAAAGCUCGACGAAUUUAAUCCCCACAAUCUUUAACUGCUAAAACUUUCAAGCCAUUUAUGAACCCAGCUUACUGAUAUAAGGCAUUGCUUGUGUAACAAAACCAAAACCAAUUCGCACACCUUUUACUUCAAUCAUCACAGACCACAUCAGAUAUCUGCCUCCAUUAUUUGAAGUUGUUCAUAUCCACAAGGAACCCUGUGUCCUACUCAAUUUAUUGUUCUUGUUUUGUCAUAAUCCCUUCUCCUUCAUAUAUUGUCACUCUAUAUAAACCAGCACUGGGGAUUCGAUAUAUUCUCAUCCAAUAGUGUUCAACAGUCCUAGAGAAAUGGAAAUGAAGAUGUGUCUUUUGUUUGCUGCUCUUUCACUUGCUUUGGUGAUUGGGGUGGCUGAGAGCUUUGAUUACCAUGAGAGAGACUUAGCCUCCGAGGACAGCUUGUGGGAUCUGUACGAGAGGUGGAGGAGCCACCACACUGUCUCGAGGAGCCUCGAUGAGAAGCACAAGCGGUUCAAUGUGUUCAAGGAGAAUGUCAAGCAUGUCCACAACACCAACAAAGAAGACAAACCUUAUAAGCUGAAGCUGAACAAGUUUGCGGACAUGACCAACCAUGAGUUCAGGAGCGGUUAUGCUGGCUCCAAAGUUAAGCAUCACAGGAUGCUCCAAGGGCAGCGAAGCGGUGAGGGGGCCUUCAGGUACGAGAAUGUUGAUCGUGUCCCGGCAUCUGUUGACUGGAGAAAGAACGGUGCUGUCACACCAGUUAAGGAUCAAGGCCAAUGUGGUAGUUGCUGGGCGUUUUCAACUGUUGUAGCUGUUGAGGGCAUCAACCAAAUUAAGACAAAGAACCUUGUUUCACUGUCGGAACAAGAGUUGGUUGACUGUGACAAUGAACAGAAUCAAGGAUGCAAUGGGGGGCUAAUGGAAGUGGCGUUUGAAAUCAUCAAACAAAAGGGAGGCCUUACGACUGAGACAAACUAUCCUUACAGAGCUACUGAUUCAAACUGCAAUUCUGCAAAGGAAAACAGUCCGGUAGUAUCAAUUGAUGGCCACGAGUCAGUGCCUGCUAAUAAUGAAGAUGCAUUGCUCAAAGCAGCUGCAAACCAACCUCUCUCUGUUGCAAUAGACGCCGGAGGUCCUGAUUUUCAAUUUUAUUCAGAGGGAGUAUAUAAUGGACAAUGUGGCACUGAGCUAGAUCAUGGAGUCGCAAUUGUGGGAUACGGAACAACACUUGAUGGAACCAAGUAUUGGAUAGUCAAGAAUUCUUGGGGCCCCGAGUGGGGAGAGAAGGGUUACAUAAGGAUGGCUCGAGGCAUCGCUCAGAAGGAGGGGAAAUGUGGAAUAGCAAUGGAGGCCUCAUACCCCAUCAAGAACUCUUCAACAAAUCCUACCGGACCACCUACCUCCUACCCCAAGGAUGAACUCUAGACAAAUGGCAGAUGAUUCACAAUUUACUUUAGCUUUUCUGAUGUUCUUCUGUUAUAGCAUAAAGUUUCAGGACUCCUGGCCUCAUGAUCAAAAAAUAUUUUCACAGAAUUGGAUGUACUUCUAAGAUCUGUAGCUUGUGAUUUAUGCAAUU